GUAGUUAAAUAAAAUUAGGAUCAUUAUGUCUGUGUGCCACGAUGAUUUUUCGGACCGCGUUAUAACCCCCGCCAUGCCACCAUGCCUCGCCUUCACCUGCUGCGCCAUGAACUUCAUAUUUCCGGGCUCCGGAACUAUUGUGUCGGGGUUUGCUGCCUUUUGCUGCUCCAUGAACACGGACAUGAAUACAGGUGACCGAUUGACCACGUGUUUAUGUAACCUGUCCAUAGGUGUACUACAACUAGUCCUGAGUGGCUUUAUAUUAGUGGGCUGGUGUUGGAGCUGUGUUUGGGGACUCCAUUACGUAGACAUGUCCAAGAAACAUUAUCCUGAGGAGUGGGGACUAGAACAGACGAGGGAUGUCUGGACAUCACAGCCGUUAUCAAUUGACCCAUUAUCGCAUGGUCAGUUUGACCAUCAGCAGAGCCAUCCAGUAUCGCCCCCUCCGUACACACCUCGCUUUGAUCCGCCACCGCCGUACGAUGCCAUUGACGAUCAGCCAAGAUUAUUUUCAAUAUCUGGAUCUUGAUUUGAAUUUUUAAAGUUUUUUGCAAGAUCAGAUAGUGCUGCAUAUAGCCAAAAUUUAUUCACAUGUCAAGAUCAUGUGUAUGUCAUAA